UUAAAAAGUCAAAUACUAUGGGCGUGUUGCUGGAACAUAUAUACCACCAUGUCAACACACUGAGGCAACCCUUUGAAGAAGAAUUUGAGUUUGAUGAAGUAAUGACUGAAUUUCCUGUGACAUCAGCAGAUGACGUCCAGCUCAUCGAAAAUAAACUUAAGGAUGAUGCUUUUUUUACUAAAGUUGUAAAAGCGUUAAAAUCGAUUGGAAAGUUUACGACCCUUAGUAUGACCGUCAAAAAUGCGAUGAAUAAAAUCCUAUCUCCACAGGUCGGAAUGACUUUCAGCUAUAAGGGAAGAAGUGGUAAAAAGCCAGCAUUUCUCGAAACAUCUAUGCAUAAAGUUGUAUUUCAAUCCGUUCGAAAAUUAUAUAAAAAGAAAGUUGAAAACAACGAAAUUCUUCAUUGGAUGCAGAAUUGGAUGGAGCAGUGUUCUUCUGAAGUGAAACGAAAGAAGGCAAAGGAGGAAAAGCAGAGGAGAGCCGAAGAAGCCCAGAUUCUUCUUGAAGAUGAUGAUGACGACGAUUAUGACGAUGAUGAGACCGAGGAUAAGGAUAAUGAGAGUGAAUAAGUGAUGCACUGAAAAAAAAAUUA